GUUUUGGCGCAAGAUGAUGAUCUUAUUGUUGCAAUAGAUCUUCCAAGAUUAUAUACAUGGGAUUUUAAAACCGGACAAUAUAAGAUGAUCUUAAAUAAAAAUGGUCAAAUUACAAAAAUGUAUAAAG